UGAUUACGGCCGAGGAUCCAUUGAAUAUGGCGAUGCGUGAAUGAUUGAUUUAAGACGUCUAUUUUACUGGUAUAUGAGCACAAGGCGUGGCGAAGGGCUUCUUCCUACAGUUUACAUCUCGGUUUCGCGUAUGGAAUAUUACAAGAGUGAACACUGUGUUCUGGCCUUAAUUCCAGGGUAUGGUUGGGCAACAGACAUCGGAGGUUUGGUUUUUUUACUGUGUAUAUGGGAGCAUAUCGCGAUCCCUCGGCCAUUGGUCCCUCUCUACUCUACAAUAUGCGUUGGGCGUCGGUGUUAUUAGGAUUUCAGUGGCAUAAAAUAGUGGGCGGUCCAUUUCAUGUUACAUAUAAACACAUAGUUACACACCAAAUAUUGCAUUCAUUAAUGUCCAUCAUUUAUUUCAUAUUGCUUAAGAGGUUUGCAUUUGUGCAGACACCCUGCGGAGGAUGCGUGGAGAAGAAUGGGAUGCAAAACAUGCAAACAUGCCCGAGAUUUCAGAAAUUCUCGGCGAACUCGUCCGCGGCCGCGAUGCUCCUCCGGCCUGGACAGCAAGCCUCGCAGCAAGCCCCAUCGUGCUCAACAGGGUCAAUCGCCAAUUAAUUGCUAUCUCGCUGAGCGGAUAGACUCUCAACUUUUCUCGGAGGAUUACAAAGGCCGAUAAUUCCUAUCGUACCCCGUGCCCGGCACCGCCGCAACGUCU